CUCAAGGACCUGAUUUGAAAGGUCCCAUCUUCAAAUACAGUGACACCCUGAGAGCUUGGUGCUGAUCACUUCAGGACAGAAAUUUCGGUGGAUGCCAUCUUGUUCCUGACAGGGUCUCUAAAAAGGUUUCCCUGGCUUGGUGCCACCUUGGGCCCUGGCUAGUGUUCCCUGCACAGGCCCAUUGGAACAAAAGCCUCAGGGAGCACAGUAGUAAAAUAGGUGUGAUUGCAUCUGUGGCACGAGAGUCACACCAAGCAACUGAAAAUCCCCAAAGGGACCAGGCCUGACAUGAUUUCCUGACAGAUAAUGCCAGGAGGGAGGAGCACACAUAGCAUGCCCUCCUCACCCAGUGGUCUGGCUGCCAGGCUGCUCAGCAAACACCUGACUACUGCUUUUUCUUUGUAGUUCAUGUCUUUGUGGCUCUGCCAGGAGGAAGCCCGGGGAAGGUGCCACGCCAGGCCACGGUUAGCACAAUAUGGAGCGUCGGAGCAAGAUGGAGUUUUUCCAGAAACUGGGCUACAGCCAGGAGGACGUGGUCAGGGUACUAAGCAAACUGGGUGACAGUGCCUUGGUCAACGAUGUGCUGCAAGAGUUGAUCCAGACCGGCAGCCGUCCAAGGGCCCAGGAGGAUCCAGCCAACAGCACAGGGAUAGUACUGAUGUCUCGGGGAUGCUGUGGGUUCCAGGACUCUGCCCAGCAGGGCCUGAGACAAGGCCUAGAAGAGGUUGGAAGAGACACAGCCAGCUCCUUGCGGCCCAUAGUGAUCGAUGGCAGCAAUGUGGCCAUGAGCCAUGGAAAUAAAGCAGCCUUUUCUUGCCGGGGAAUUCGUCUGGCUGUGGACUGGUUCAGGGACAGAGGACACACCUACAUCAAGGUUUUUGUCCCAUCUUGGAGGAAAGAGCCAUCAAGAUCUGACACUCCUAUCCGAGAGCAGCACGUGCUGGAGGAGCUGGAGCGACAGGAUGUGUUGGUGUACACCCCAUGCCGCAAGGUCAACGGCAAGAGAGUGGUCUGUUACGAUGACCGCUACAUCGUGAAGGUGGCCUAUGAGAAGGAUGGCAUCAUUGUCUCCAACGACAACUACCGGGACCUGCAGAGUGAAAACCCCGAGUGGAAAUGGUUCAUCGAGCAGCGGCUGCUCAUGUUCUCCUUCGUAAACGACAGGUUCAUGCCUCCCGAUGACCCGCUGGGGCGCCGCGGACCAACACUGAGCAAUUUCCUAAGCAAGAAGCCAAGGCCCCCGGAGCCAUCCUGGCAGCACUGUCCCUAUGGGAAGAAAUGCACCUACGGGGUCAAGUGCAGAUUCUAUCACCCCGAGAGACCUCACCACCCGCAGCUGCCAGUGGCCGACGAACUCCGUGCCAAGACGCGGGCCUGGCCGGGCGGUGGCGCCCAGGAACAGCAGCGACCACCGAGUGUCCCGAGCGGCCCCGCAGCAGCCCGGCCACUUUCCCGGGAGCCCGGCGCCCACAGCCUCCCGUCAGCGCCUCAGCCCGCGACCCUGGCCGCCCUGAACAGGAGCUUCUCUCGGCUGACCUUCAGCGAAUCCGCGGCCAGCGGCGUUGCUUCCCGGCCGCCUGGGCCGGACUGGAUGCCCACCGGUGGCCCCAGGUCCUGGGGCUCGCCAUCUCCACAGUCUCCGGGUCUGCAAUGCCUCCAGACUCUGAACAACCCUCUCUGCCCUAGAGAUCUCGAGUCCCCAGUCUGCCAGGAGGUCCCGCCGCCCGACGGACACCGUUCCAGGGACAUGCACAAUGACCUGCCUCCCAGGCGCAGACCGCUGGAAGACCCGUGGGCCCUCCUGCCAGACUCCUACCGUUAUCUGAGUCACUCAGCCUGGACCGAUUCUGCUUGGGGUGCCGACACCUUUAAAGGACUUUCCGCGUCCUCACAGCCUGCAGCCAAUGGUGGGGGAGCACGCACCGCGCUCCGCAGCGGCUUCCAAUCUGACCAAGAAAACCGUGCGAUGGCCUCGGAUCCUGUGUUCUCUGACCCGGCUUGGCUCACCCUCCUACAGAGAUCCCAAAGGACUAGGGAUCUUGGUGAUGCUCCCUGAAACCAGGGAUUGCUGCGUGGACAAGGUGGUU